UCGUGAAUGUCCCGGCGGGCGGGCGGACGGGCGGACGCUCGGGUUUGUGUUGUCUUUGCCGUCGCCAUUAGUGUCGAGUCGAACCCGGGAGCCCCGGCGGCGAGAAUGUCAUAGGCAGCGGCGGCGGCGGCGGCGGCGAGGGCGGCCUGAGGCCCCGGAGCUCGGCAGUCGGUUAGGGGGGAAGCAGGAACGUCACUUGGUUUCAGUAUAAUGGGAAAACUUUUGUCCAGAAACGCUGGAUUAUUAAAUAUACUUAUGGAAAAGAUCCAUGUAAAUGUCUCUAUAAAAAUGCAUUGCCCAGGAGAAGCUUUGUUCACAGCCUCCUGUCUGGCCUUGGUGCCUGGUUACCGGUGCGGGAGCGAGCAACAAUGACUGAAUAUGGAAUAAAGUGGGCCUGUGAAUACUGCACAUAUGAAAACUGGCCAUCAGCAAUCAAAUGCACCAUGUGUCGUGCGCCAAGACCUAAUGGCACUAUAAUUACUGAGGAUCCAGUCAGAGGCAGCUCAAGUGAUGUGAGUCGAGAUUGGGAUCCUGCAGGAAUAGAGGGUGGCAGCAGUCCUUUGAUUUGUCCGGACUCUAGUGCAAGACCAAGGGUUAAGUCAUCUUACAGUUCAGAAGGCGCAAGCAAGUGGUCAUGCCACAUGUGCACAUACCUGAAUUGGCCAAGAGCAAUAAGAUGCACACAGUGUUUGUCCCAACGUCGGACCAGAAGUCCUACAGAGUCUCCCCAGUCUUCUGGUUGUAUUUCAAGGCCAAUCCAGGCUUCUCAAGACCCAUGUGAGGAGUAUAAUGACAGAAACAGACUGAAUACAAAAGCACUGCAUUGGACGUGCACCGCUUGCACAUAUGAGAACUGGCCCAAGUCUCGGAAGUGUGCGGUCUGUGACCAUCCUAGACCUAACAAUUUGGAAGCAAUUGAUUUUGCAGAGCCUGAGGAAGCUUCGUCGCUGAUAAAUGAGCAGGAUAGAGCUCGAUGGCGGGGAAGUGGCAGUAGCAGCAAUAGCCAGAGGAGGUCCCCACCAGUAUCUAAACGUGACUCUGAGGUGAAAAUGGACUUUCAAAGGAUUGAGCUGGCUGCUGGAGCUGUUGGCACUAAGGAAGAGCUUGAAGUGGACUUUAAAAGACUGAAGCAAAUAAAGAAUCGAAUGAAAAGAUCAGAUUGGCUCUUUCUCAAUGCCUGUGUAGGGGUUGUAGAGGGUGAUCUCGCUGCAGUAGAAGCCUACAAGUCAUCUGGAAGUGACAUUGCUCGACAGCUUACUGCGGAUGAAGUGCGUCUGUUGAAUCGUCCUUCGGCUUUCGACGUGGGGUACACCCUAGUACACCUUGCUAUACGCUUUCAGAGGCAAGAUAUGCUGGCAGUUUUGUUAACUGAGGUGUCUCAGCAAGCUGCCAAGUGUAUACCUGCUAUGGUGUGUCCAGAGCUUACCGAACAGAUACGUCGUGAGAUAGGAGCAUCCCUCCAUCAGCGAAAGGGAGACUUUGCCUGUUAUUUCCUCACUGAUCUGGUGACAUUCACAUUACCUGCAGACAUUGAGGACCUGCCACCAUCAGUCCAGGAAAAACUGUUUGAUGAGGUGCUUGAUAGGGAUGUACAGAAAGAAUUGGAAGAGGAAUCACCCAUUAUAAACUGGUCCUUGGAACUAGGAAGUCGCCUGGAUAGUAGGCUCUAUGCACUCUGGAACCGCACAGCAGGCGACUGCCUGCUUGAUUCAGUGCUACAAGCCACAUGGGGCAUUUAUGACAAAGAUUCAGUUCUGCGGAAGGCUCUUCACGACAGCUUGCAUGACUGCUCGCAUUGGUUUUAUACACGUUGGAAGGAGUGGGAGUCUUGGUAUUCCCAGAGCUUUGGUUUGCAUUUUUCUUUGCGGGAGGAGCAAUGGCAGGAGGACUGGGCGUUCAUCCUGUCCCUUGCAAGUCAGCCUGGAGCCAGUCUGGAGCAGACACACAUCUUUGUUCUGGCUCAUAUUCUUCGUCGACCAAUUAUAGUCUAUGGAGUGAAGUACUAUAAGAGUUUUCGCGGUGAGACUUUAGGAUACACACGGUUUCAAGGUGUAUACUUACCUUUGCUAUGGGAGCAGAGUUUCUGUUGGAAGAGUCCAAUAGCUCUGGGUUACACAAGGGGCCAUUUUUCUGCAUUGGUCGCUAUGGAAAAUGUUGGCUAUGACAAUCGAGGUGCUGGCGCCAACCUAAACACAGAUGAUGAUGUCAACAUUACCUUCUUACCACUGGUGGACAGUGAGAGGAAGCUACUGCACAUCCACUUUCUUUCAGCCCAUGAGAUGGGUAAUGAGGACCAGCAGGAGAAACUACUGAGAGAAUGGCUUGACUGCUGUGUCACUGAAGGUGGAGUUCUGGUUGCACAGCAGAGGAGCUCUCGUCGGCGCAACCAUCCGUUGGUAACGCAAAUGGUGGAGAAAUGGCUGGACCGCUAUCGACAGAUACGACCUUGCACUUCUCUGUCAGAUGGUGAGGAAGAUGAGGAGGAGGAGGAUGAGUGACGGAAAUCAUCUGAUGGAGGCACGGGCAUUACUUCACUGGGAAGCCUGCAGAUAGGACUCUUCUAGUUUGUCAUGCAUCAUGGAAAGUUUGGAUACCAAAUAGAAGUCGUGUUGGAGGUCUGAUCUCUGGCAACAAAAAGGCUGACGCGUUGUGCCAUGUUGAAAUCAGAACUGGCUUAGUUGGACUACAAUAAACUAUGAAUGCUAAAUUUACUUUAAUGUUAAGAGAAAAAGGCUUUUUUCCCCCAAAAUGUACAUCCUUAGCUAUAAAUGUACUGCAUGUGGUUGUGUAAGAACUUGUGUAAUAGGGAAAAAAGUAUACCAGCAUCUAAAAUAAUUGAAUUUAUAUUGGUUUCAUAACGAGGGCACUUAAAAACUCAUUUUAGAUUCCUGUUUGUUCCUUCUAGAUUUAUUUUUAUUAUAGCCACUCAUCUGUGGUCAAUAUUUUUAAAAUACUUGUGCACAUGUUCUCAGGGAAAUCUUUUUAUGCCAAAUUGUGAUGUUUUGGUGUUGGUGAUGGUGUGUGUACUUUGAUUUGAAGAAUUCGGGGCAUCAUGCAUGGCAAAAAAAACAAACAAACCCAAAAAGCCCCCGAGAACAAGUGCAUGGAUGAUAUUUUAAAUGCAGUAGGUUUGAAUACUAUAAUGAAGUAAAAUCUGUAAGGAACAAAAGAGAUGUUAGGUUGUGUUUGGAAAGUGUUCACCAAACUACUGUCUUUUUGUUUUUUGGGUUUUGUUUUUUUAAAAGAAAACUGUUAUUCCGUAAAGUAUGGACUCAACAAAUUAUUGUUUUCAAGUUCACAAAGACUGUACAUGUUCUCAGCUCUUCACUAAUGUUCACUACUGCAAACCUAGUUUAGCCCUGAAAUUCUGCCAAUGAAUUCUGUUCUACUAAGCCUAUUUAUUUAAAGUGACCUGAUGAGAUGAGGUACUUUUUUUUCUCUCCCCUAUAAAAUUAAGUUCAGAACCAGUUGUGUGGAUUUUGUUGAUUGUUUACUCAACCCUGAUGAAGAAUUUCAUGUUGCACAAAUACAUACUCUUGCUGUGAAAACUGUUGUUGAAUGUGCUGUUGAGUUUUUUUUUGUCUAUGCAAAUACUGUGCAUCACUGCUAAGCCAAAGUAUUCCACUGAACAAGGGUAUUAUACUACAGUGAGUAAACUUGCUGCAUAAAGAAUUUAAAACCUGUCCAUUUAUGCAAA